GCAAAAGUCAACAUCACAAUUCAAAACAUAAUAUAUGUGUAGAAGCAGAAUAUUCUGAAUAUCGUCAAACAGUAACUAUUUCUCGUAGAGAAUAGUAAAAUUAUGAAUAAAUAUAUUGCUCGUUAAAUUUUGGUGAUUAUAAUAAGUUGUUAUUGUAUGAAUGAAUGCUUGCAACAGCCAUACACUAAUGGGUGGGAUUUGAACCUACUACUUUCGAACUUCGCAAAGCAGUACCAAGAAUGAGUAAAAGAAAAAAUCCUUCUGAAAGCGGCAAUCCCAAUGCAGAUUUCUGCGACUUUUUAAUGGAGUUAGCCGACUUUGAAAAGAACGUAAGCAGAAAUAUCCACAAGUACAAUGCUUACAGAAAGGCUGCUAGUGUUUUAGCUGGUCACACCAAGAGGAUUGAAUCGGGAGAAGAAGCAAAAAAAUUGAACGGUAUAGGAGAUAAAAUCUCAAAGAAAAUUGAUGAGUUUUUACAAACGGGUAAAUUGAUGAAGCUAGAGAACAUACAUCAAGAUGAAAAUGCUCAGGCGAUUAGCUUGUUGACGAGAGUAUCUGGUAUCGGGCCGGUGAAAGCUGCCGAUUUGGUUCAAAGCGGUAUAAAAACAAUAGAAGAGUUGAGAAAAAAUGAAAGCAAAUUAAAUCAUCAUCAACUUAUCGGCUUAAAGUACUUUGAAGAUUUUGAAAAGAAAAUUCCGCGAGGUGAAAUACAGGAAAUUGAAUAUCUUAUAAAAAGGGCUUUGAAUGAUUUAGAUCCGGAAUUCACGAUAACUAUUUGCGGCAGUUACAGACGUGGGAAGUCACAGAGUGGUGAUAUUGAUGCCCUGGUUACCCAUCCCUCACUCAAGUUACAAGAGGAGAAGAAGAAGCAUAGCGAGAAGUUAUUGAAGACUGUUGUGGGCGCUUUGGAUGAUCUGAUCACUGAUGUGAUAUCAAUGGGAGACACCAAAUUCAUGGGAGUAUGCCGCUUGUCGAAUAAGUAUCCCUUCAGGCGUUUGGACAUCCGUUUGCUUCCCAACGACCAGUACUAUUGCGCCGUGCUGUAUUUCACCGGCAGUGACGUGUUCAACAAGCAGAUGCGUGCGCACGCGCUUGAAAAGGGUUUUACCCUCAACGAAUACUCUUUGAGACCUGUUGGAUGUACUGGUGUGCCUGGAGAGCCCGUGCCGAUCACAUCGGAAGAAGAAAUAUUCGACUAUAUCGACUACCCCUACAAACAACCUGAAGAGCGAAACAUGUAGAUUACGAAAACUAAAGCCUAGCGUCCAUAUGAUUGCCGAAUCGAUUUAUUUGUCACCCUGAAUUUACUAAUUAAUUGCUUCUAAAGGUCUUGGCGCGCUUUAGCGAAUCGAUUGCACCCACUGAAUCGAAUUUGCUUGAACUUGUACUGGAUUCAGUUCGCGAAAUUGUCGACAUGACUCGAUUCGUCUAUAAUGAACGCUAGUCUUUGUCAUGAUUUAUAUCACAAGGCAUCUAAUUGAAAAAGUUAAGUAAAAUUGAUCGCACAUUACAGAUGAGCCGAAAGAGCGGUAUUAUUACGUCAUUCGCAUUUUU